AUGAUUAAAACGGCAGGAUUAGGAUCUCACAGGCCUCUAUCCGGUCAGCUUUAUAAAUAUACCAAUGUCGUUAAAGGAUGGCAGCAAAGGUGGUUUGCAGUUGAUCCGGAAACUGGCGUUCUCUCUUACUAUCUAUUUGAUGGACCAGGUGAUACGAUUCAGCCGGGUCAACCGGCACGUGGAGAGGCACAUUUAGCAGCAGCAGUUAUAUGUCCCAGCGAUGAAGACUCGCGCACUUUCACGAUUAACUGUGCAUCUGGAGACAUGCUCAAAAUAAGAGCGACCGAUGCACGGGCUCGUCAAGAGUGGGUUAACGGACUAAGAGCUAUAGCUGAAAUACACACAAAAGCUAUGGGUGCAAAUCCUCCUCUGCAGCCACGUGAGCAGUUAGCUGUGCAUGAUGCAAUGGCCUCGGCCAGGCAACAGUUGCAAGCUACGGAAAUUAGUGAUGCUGCAUUGGCCAGAUGUAUUGAGUCAUCAGAUUCACCAUUUCCUCAUACUGAUCCGGAUCUUUUGCUUUUAAAGGCAACAUCAGCAGCUAGCAUGCAGUGUCUUCUCCAAUGUCUAGGUAUUUUACAUCGACAGCAACAAUACGCUACGGUCAGUGUCUCAAGCAAGAACUUUGAUAAUGACCAU